GGAGACGCCGCCCGCCCGAGCUAUGGCUGAGAAAAGGCAGGCGGGCAAGCCCAGCGAGGAAGAGGAGGAAGUCCCCGCCUUCUUCAAAAACCUGGGCUCGGGCAGCCCCAAGCCCCGGCAGAAAUUCUGCGGCAUGUUCUGCCCGGUGGAAGGCUCCCUGGAGAACAAGACCAUCGACUUCGACUCCCUCUCGGUGGGACGCGGCUCCGGUGGCAAGAUCGUGGCCAAGCAGAAGGACGUGGCCCACCUGGGCGCCGAUGCCCAGACCCUCUACUCCUGGCAGAGCAGGAAGGGAGGGGAGCCAUCUGUUGAUUUCGGGAGGAAGGUGGAGAUCCGGAGGGCCACCGGCAAAGAAGCGCUGCAGAACCUGAACGACAAGAGUGAUCGCCUUUUGAUCAAGGGUGGUAAAAUAGUUAACGAUGACCAGUCUUUCUAUGCAGACAUUUACAUGGAAGAUGGGCUGAUAAAGCAAAUUGGAGAGAAUCUCAUUGUACCCGGAGGAGUGAAAACGAUUGAAGCUCAUGGAAGGAUGGUGAUCCCUGGAGGCAUUGAUGUCCACACUCGCUUCCAGAUGCCUGACCAGGGGAUGAACUCUGCAGAUGACUUCUUCCAAGGAACAAAAGCCGCUUUGGCUGGAGGCACCACCAUGAUCAUUGAUCACGUUCUUCCAGAGCCAGGGACCAGCUUGCUCUCUGCAUUUGACCAGUGGCGCGAAUGGGCUGACAGCAAGUCCUGCUGUGAUUACUCUUUGCAUUUGGAUAUCACAGAGUGGCAUAAAGGAGUUCAGGAGGAGAUGGAAGCCUUGGUUAAAGAUCAUGGAGUGAAUUCCUUCUUGGUUUAUAUGGCUUUCAAGGAUCACUUUCAGCUAACAGAUUCUCAGAUAUACGAGGUCUUGAGUGUGAUCCGUGACAUCGGCGCCAUCGCCCAAGUGCACGCUGAGAAUGGCGACAUUAUUGCUGAGGAACAGCAAAGGAUCUUGGAACUGGGAAUCACUGGGCCUGAGGGGCAUGUUCUGAGUAGGCCUGAAGAGGUUGAGGCUGAAGCUGUGAACCGGUCCAUCACCAUUGCUAACCAGACCAACUGCCCCUUGUAUGUCACUAAGGUGAUGAGCAAAAGUGCGGCUGAAGUGAUAGCCCAGGCCAGGAAAAAGGGCACUGUGGUGUAUGGGGAGCCCAUCACGGCGAGCUUGGGCACGGAUGGUUCACACUAUUGGAGCAAAAACUGGGCCAAAGCAGCAGCUUUCGUCACCUCUCCACCCCUGAGCCCUGACCCCACCACUCCCGACUUCCUCAAUUCUCUGCUGUCUUGUGGUGAUCUUCAGGUCACUGGCAGUGCCCAUUGUACUUUCAACACGGCCCAGAAAGCUGUUGGAAAGGACAACUUUACUCUGAUCCCUGAAGGAACCAACGGAACUGAGGAAAGGAUGUCCAUCAUCUGGGACAAGGCUGUGGUUACUGGUAAGAUGGAUGAGAACCAGUUUGUGGCUGUGACCAGUACCACUGCGGCAAAGAUCUUCAACCUGUAUCCACGGAAGGGACGUAUCGCGGUGGGCUCUGAUGCCGACCUGGUGAUCUGGGACCCCGACAGUGUCAAGACGAUCUCUGCCAAGACUCAUAACAUAUCUGUGGAAUACAAUAUCUUUGAGGGCAUGGAGUGCCGUGGGUCACCAUUGGUUGUCAUCAGCCAAGGGAAGAUUGUGCUGGAGGACGGUAACCUCCAUGCCACUGAAGGUUCCGGACGAUACAUCCCCAGAAAACCCUUCCCGGAUUUUGUUUACAAGCGGAUCAAGGCAAGGAGCAGGCUGGCUGAGCUGAGGGGUGUGCCCCGAGGCCUGUAUGAUGGGCCUGUCUGUGAAGUCUCGGUGACCCCAAAAACAGUCACACCAGCAUCUUCGGCCAAGACCUCUCCAGCAAAGCAGCAGGCCCCGCCUGUUCGGAACCUGCACCAGUCUGGAUUUAGCUUGUCUGGUACAUACUUAUGUGCCCAGAUUGAUGAUAAUAUUCCACGCCGUACUACGCAGCGCAUAGUGGCGCCACCUGGUGGACGUGCCAACAUCACCAGCUUGGGUUAAAACAAAAUUGGCCGCUUAGCGGAUCAUGGGUGUGGGUGGGGCACUUGAAGACCCUUUUGAUUCUUUUAGAGCCUGUGAUGGUUACUGUGGGCAACCAGUGGGUAAGGCCUAGUUGAGGCGUCAGUAUCCCCCCCCCAGUCACUUCGUUGUCAAUCUCUUUCCCCCAACAUCUUCACAGAACCUCUUCACUUUCCUCUUUCUACACAUUUGGGAACAAACCCUGUUUUUAACAUGAAGAUGCAAAAAAGGAAAACGUUAAAGAGUAGAACUUGUGGCUUAUGUUACCAUUAACAUAUUUUCUUUCUUUUCUUUCUUAAAAAAAAAGGAAGGAUAAAGUGAAUUUCCUGGGAGCUGCCAUUUUUU